CGCCCACAGCACACAGGCAUCGUUGCGCGCUGUCGAGUCCAACACAGCCCCGGACUCCCCACGCGCCGUCUGCGGCCACUCUCCUUGUCGACGCUCACCACGCUGUAUACACUCCUCGUCGCUCUCUCCACUCCUCCACUUCCCCCAGGCCCCCUUUCCAGCCAGCUUGCAACCCCUCGGCCGGCUUACGCCUCUCCACCAUGGCCUCCCUCAACACCUCCACCAAUGGCAUCAACAUCAAGCGCAGCUACCAGUCCAUUGUCGACGCUCCGAAGCCGUCCGGAGCUUCCGCCAGCUCUCCUACGUACGGUCAAUGGGCUCUGUUUACCGUCACUGCCCCGCUAGUCAGCGCUUUCCAGAACGAUGGUGGAAAGGAGAGUGUGCUGAAGGUAGAAUCCGUCGCAGAGGGCGAGCUUUCUGAUCUAAUCGAGGAUUUCAACGACGGCCGAAUCCAGUUUGCCUUCGUCAAAGUCAAGGACCCAAACACAUCCCUUCCCAAGUCUGUCCUGAUUGCCUGGUGCGGCGCAGGUGUGCCUGAACGCACCAAGGGCUACUUCGGCAGCCACCUAGGCGUUGUCUCCAAGCUUUUACAUGGAUAUCACGUUCAAGUUACUGCCCGAUCAGACAGCGACCUCACCCCCGAAGGAAUCGUGCAAAAGGUCUCGGAUGCCUCGGGCUCCAAAUAUGCUGGAGGGCCGGCCAUCAGCUCCGGAGGUCCACCGCCACCCGUUUCCUCGAAGCCAGUAUUCACACCCUCGCAGAGUGGAGCUGGCGGACGUGGUUUCAAUCCACUAGGCGCGCGAGCUGCACCAAAGGACACCAACGUGGAUGCAGACGGCUGGGGCUCGGAUGCGCCUCCGGUUACGAGGUCGCAGUUGGAAAAGGUGGAAUCGGCAUACAAACCCACCAAAGCCAACAUAUCCGACCUCACAUCCCAGAAACAGGCACCAUCGAGGUUUAGCGCCCCCCAGCCCAGCCAUGAUGAGAGUGAUGUUGUAAGAGGAGGCUAUCAGCCAGUUGGAAAGGUCGAUAUUGCUGCCCUGCGUCGUCAGGCAAAAGAGAAAGAAGAUCUCAGGCCUGCGCCAGUGAAGGGAGCUUAUGAGCCGGUCGGGAAAGUUGAUAUUGCAGCCAUCCGCGCUAGGGCCCAAGCGCCAUCGGACGCAGCGUCAUCCCCUUCGAAUCUCUCCCCUGCUAUUACUGGAGCCUCUGGUCGAAGUGAGGAAAGCGAUGCGCCCAAGUCGCUGGCAGACCGGUCCGCUGCUUUCAAACAAUCCGAGAGGUUGACCUCGCUGCCAAAGCCUAAAGUCGCAAACAAAUUUGGUGGAUCGAGUACCUUCACAGGCACCAAAGCUUCCGCUCCGACACCGUUUGGAGCGAAACCAGCACCUGCUGCCCCUGUAGGAACUGCCAGCCGUACUUUCGCUGACGAGGGCGGAAAGACUCCGGCUCAACUGUGGGCUGAAAAGAAGGCUCGCCAAGGUGGAGCUCCCUCUGCGCCCUCUCCAGGUAUUGGAGGACCUGCAUCACCAUUGGCUGGCCAAUUAUCUGGGCAAAAGAGCGGUGGUGGUGGGUGGCACAGCGGUUAUUCUGGGAAAUCGUGGGCGCCCGUUCAAACCACCCGCACUGGUCAAUCCGCGGGGAGCAAUUCUCUCAGUCAGCAAAACACUGGAGUCGUCUCAGCCAGCAACACCGGACAAGAGCACACACCAGAGGAGCCAUCGUCUCCCGCCGGAGGGGUCAGUUCCAUCCGUGACCGCUUCAAGGGAGCGGCUCCAAUGGGCGCUCCCACUACACGAGCGGCUCCAGAACCAGAACCAGAAGCACACGCAAUGCCACCACCAAUGGACUUCUCCAGCAAACCCAACGCUGGCCGCGGCAUCCCAAUCCCAGGCCUGCCCUCCCGUCCUUCCCACCAGGAGAUCCCAGCGGAACAACACCAAGCCAUCCCAUCUCCCCCCCGUCACAUCCGCACCCCGUCCCCUGAAUUCGAGGAGCCAGAAGGCUCCCCCAUCCGCAUCGCCAUGCCCGUCGCGCGCGGUGCCUCCCCUGAACCCCUGUCCGCACCAGAAGAGCGCUUCUCGCCUCCCCCAAUGCCCACCCACUCGCUCCAAAAAGCCGCCUCGGCCUCCCGCGACAGCCCCGCCGAACCCAAAGUCGAGUCGCACGACCCCGCCCGCGCCGCCGGCAUUGCGGUCGCCGCCGCCGCUGGCAUUGGUGCGGGCGUUGGUGUCGCCGCCGCCGUGGCCGCGCACAGCGAGUCCCACGGCGGCAAGCGCGCUCUCGUCCAGUACGACUACGAGAAGGCGGAGGACAACGAGCUCGAGCUGCGCGAGGGCGAGUACGUCACCAACAUUGAGUUUGUGGAUGAGGAUUGGUGGAUGGGACAGAAUAGGGCGGGCGAGACGGGGCUGUUUCCUAGCAACUAUGUUGAGCUGGUUGGGGAUGAUGGGGUGGAAGAGGAGGCGCAAGCACCGCCGCAGCCUGCAAGAGCGGUGCAAGAGGAGGAAGAGGAACAUGCGCCAGCCCCGCCGGCUGGCCAUGGUGCGGGGCCCACGGCGACGGCGCUGUAUGAUUAUGAGGCUGCGGAGGAUAAUGAGCUAAGCUUUCCCGAUGGAGCGACGAUUACGGGUGUGGAGUUCCCAGACGAAGACUGGUGGCUCGGCCAUUACGGCGGGAAGUCGGGUCUCUUCCCGGCCAACUAUGUACAGCUGGAUGAGUAGUAGAGCAGUUCAGUUUCUAGAGUAGCUGGCAAGGGACGGAGGUGUGUGGAGAACUUAGUGCGUCAUGUGACUAAAAAGCAAUUCCUCUUCUGCAUGCAAACGGGCGGCUUUUUGAGAUGCUUUACGCGUGCGGUAAGGAGGGACGGGCUUGUAGGAGUGCGAUUUGGGGGGAUAGAGUAGGUGAGAGACCGAACUGAGUCAUGCUUGAAAUGUCACAUUGGGUCACGUGCUGCCCG